CAUUACAUAUUAGUCAACAUGCCAACAGGCAAGUGACCAGACCCAUAUUAUUACAUACACGAUCGCGCGAGUCAGACGACCCGUAUAUGAUAUACGCUCGUCCGUACAACAUAACAUCAUAUAAUAAUAAUAUUAUUGUCGACAUACUACCGCAGCGUGUCGUCGUCGGUAUCGGAAUUCGUCGUUUGGUUUUCGGUAUACAUUUGUUGUCAGACAAUUUCAGCGUUAUCCGUGUCCACAGAGAUUCGGAAACGGAACGCAGUCGCUCGGCCGAUUUGUCGCGGCUGCUUCAGACGGCUCCGGUGCGCUAUCGUAUUGUGUUACUAUACAUUUAGGUCUCCGGUCUCGAGAACGAUGUCCUGCACGACGGUAUCUUUGGAUUAGCAACCGGCCGUCCACAAUUUUCAGUGAUGCGGCAAUGUAGCUCUUCAUAUCGGAUGUCUGGUAUAGAUCGGCGAACAAACGUAGACAUACAAAUUUUGAGUGCUGCUAGUAAAGCGAUUGCGGAAAAAUGCUUUUGGAACGCAUGCAAAGCAUUAUCUUUUGGAUUGUUUCUGAUGGCUGUCGGAGCCAUAAUGGCCAUUAUCGGAUAUUAUGCGGAACAACUUUCAUCAGAUGAUAUUGUCACGAAAACUGACAGUGGAAAUUCGAGUACAUCCAUACGAACAACAAAAACGACAAAAAAAACAUCUCAUAUAUAUAAAUUGUCAUAUGCUGGACCAAUUGUGAUGGGCGUUGGAGGGUUCAUCGUUGUGGCGGCGUGCGUGAUGACGUUCGAGGCGCGCGAUCGGGCGGCGAAGUUCAUGUCCAACCAAUUGAAAGUAAUGGGCGGCGGGGUCGGCGCUGCCGGUGCCGCGUCGGGCCAUCGCGGCCACGGCCGGCAGACGCCAUCGGCCGGUUACCUGUCCAGGGGCGACAGCGGCCGGAGCAGCUAUCAGAACCCGUGCGACGGCGGACGGCACAAGAUGAACAAGAGCCCGUCGGCGCCCAAUCUGGCGGCGGCCGCGGCGGCGUCGAACCGCGGACCGGGGGGCGCCGGACAGUCGGGCGUCGGCAGACUGCCGCUGCGGCACAAGCACGCGGUGCACGUACUGUCGUCGACCGGCGGCCGAGCGCUGCUCAGCCCGCACACGUUGCGCCGGCAAGCCAUGUCGAUGGACACGCAGGACUACAACCCGCUGUUCUCGCCACCGCGUUCCCGGCACAGCAGCUCUGGCCUGUUGACGUACAGCAACAGCAACUGCAGCAACAUCUUCGGCAAUUUCAACUGCAACGGCAACAAGCAAGGCGGCGGCGACGGCAGCAGAGAGUCGGUCAACGACCCGAUGAGGACGUCUUCCAGGGGAUCGCGGGGCUCCAUGGUGCUGGACCUGCACGUGCCCAACGAGUGUCCGGUGACGAUGCGGGUGCGGGACAGGAGCCGCCGGUCGGACACGGCCAAGCGGCACGUGCUGCGCCGGCAGACGCCCGUCGAGCUGGACGACACGAUAAUCGCGUACGCGACCACGGCCAUGGCGGCGGACCGGCAGCGGGCCAAGCGGUGCACCACGCGGUCGGCCACUUGUGACGUGCCGCACGCGAUCAAGUCGAAGCGCAGGCGGCAGGACUCGAGUUGCUCGGACGUGGUGGCGGCCCGCCGGAGGUCCGGUUCGCCGGUGUGCGGCCCCGGCGGCGGUAGCGGCAGCGGAUGGCGUUCGUCGGCCAACGACGUGGUCGACGCCGCCGAGUGGGCCAGGACCGCGAACCGCAACGCCGGCGGUUCGGCCGUGUCGUCGCCGCAACGGUCCGCCGACCGUCAGAUCGCCGGCGCGACACCGGCGCGACGACCGCAGUCUCCGUCGGCCGCUGUCGCGGACGGCAGCAAAAUGUCACUGUCCCGGACGUGUUCCGACAUCAUGUCCAUCGACAAGUCGUUCGAAGAGUCCAACUACAGUAGUUCGUAGACGGACGAUUUGCUGUGCGCAUUAUGUGCGGCGUAAUCGAUUCGUAAGCGAUCUCGGUCUGCACACACGUAUAUUAUUAUUAUUAUUAUUAUUAUUAUAGUGCCAUAUAUGAUAUUGUGUUAUAUUAUAGGUGACACAUACGGCGACACUGCGAAUGUAUAUUAUAUAUUUAGGUUUGACGGUAUAUUCGAAUCGGAUACCGCGGUAUAUCGCGAUAUUAGUACCCGCGGUAUGUAUACCUAACCCACUGCGUCAGUCCGCAUAAUAUUAUGCUGUGUAUAGUCGUGUAAUACGGCGUUACCUACUUUUCGGUAUUGUACGGUAAGUCGGUUCUUCGCGGUACUGCGCGGUAUACCGUUCAAGUGGUAUUCGAAUAAGCCGGUUAUCCAGUUAUUACGGUUGUUUUUAGUCGCUAGUUUUGUACCUAAGGUCUACCGAAUAAUCCUUCAACCCUAAAUGAAAAUGUAUACUUUCGCUGCUAUGUAAUAAUAUUAAACUUUGUCGCACACGCCGUCGUCGUCGUGCUCACGUCAUAAUAUUAUGUGUAAACCCAAUCGCCGACUUACGCGUAUAUGUGUGUACUAUUAUAGCUGACAUCCGAUAUAAAUGAUUAUCGUUGCGUAGUGUUUAUUAUAUAAUUUUUUUUUUCGUCCAUAAUAUUAUCGUCGAGUCGUUCAAAACGAUUACAUAGAGGUAUGUAGAGUCGCCAAACAUCGAUUUACUUACCGCUAGUGAUUCAUUUAACGUAGGUAAGACAUAACUUGAAAUGCUUCUAGGAAAUAAUAAUUUUUAAUAUUUUUUAUCGUUAUGGUUUUAUUUAAUUUUUCAACCGACAAUAUCCGUUUUUAAUUUAGCAUUUCAAAGUAGUAUAUUGUUUUAGAGUACUUCGCGGAGUAUAAAAAUCGAAUUUCAAACGAGUAUAUAGUUUAUUGGUUAUAACCAGUAAUUAUUUGUACAAGAUUUGAUGUCGAUAGAUUUCAAUAUUCCGAAUAAUAUUUUGCUUCGGGAUUUACAGUUUAAAAACAUGUCGUUAUUCAAGACAGUAAAAUACUCAAAAAAUGAUAACAAUAUACAAUAGUAUAAUGCAUAAUUUUUUUCUCCAAACAAAUGUCAUGUAACGAUUCAGAUUAUAUAAAGAAAUAUUUUCAGAAAUAAUGAGUGUUCUACGUUGAAUGAAUCAACCGGUAUUAUAUAUAGGUUAGGUACUUGUUAUAAUUCAAAAGACGGGUAAUACUAAUAUUAUAUUCACUACCGCGAGUUGAAGUUGCUUCAGAGUAAUUUUACUACAGUAUAAUAUAUCAGUAUAUUAUUGUUGCAAGUUUAAUGGAUUUACGAAAGAUUAGGUGUAUAUUAAAUCGUGUAAAUAUAUAGUAUUUGAAUAAUUCAAACGGGGAAAAGUAUUUAAUUAGCAGCAUGUGUGCGUAUUACGGAUAUUAUUGGUUUCUCAAUUCAACUUCGAACCUCGUAUUACCGUGACGUGUCACUUGAUUCUAGAUUCUUGGAAAUGCAUGAUGAAAUAAUAAAACCCCCAUAGAGUAAUAAAUAGCCCAAGAUGAAAAAAAUGUUUAGAGGUGUUUUCAUAUAGCCAUGAUUUAAUAAUUUAGCAGUAGCAAUAGUGUAAGACGUAGGUACUGCAAAAUGUAGUAACAUGGAAUAGAGUGAAAAUGGGUGUUGUUUUGUAUGAUUAGGAUUAAGUACAAAUGAUUUCCUUAAAGAUGCCAAUUUUUUAAAACUCUUUGAAACAAAUUAUAAUUGGAAUUUUGUUUUAAAUAAUUUUAACACGUUGAUAAUUAAAUAUUUAUGUGUUAUCAGAACAUCGAUGUAUGAUAAUUAUUUAUUUGAUAUUCCAUAAAAAUAAUUUUAUAUCAUGUAGCGCAAAAAUGCACUAUAUCUUUAACUUAAUUUAAUAAUUAUUUAGGCACCUAUGAAGGGUUUCAGUUUUAUUAUACUUAGACAUGUAUAUUCUAUACCUUCAUAAUAUUUUGUGUUUUUUUUUUUAACUGAGAAAAGCACUUAAUCUGAACUCAAUGCCUAGGAGAAUGUAAAGAAAAUCCUCAAUCUGUAUUUAAUUAUCGAUAUAAAUCAUCGAUGUUGUAUCUGAAUUCUGAAUGAUAACAAUUAAUAAUGGAAUUUUUUUUUAAAUAUAUUGUUAAUCGUCCGUGUUUUCAAUGAUUAGUGAUAGAAACUUUAAUAAAAUAUAAUGAAUCGGUAUUUAAUAUUGUAUUGGAGUUAUAAAGAAAAAUGAAGAUUUAAAAAAUACUUUGAUUAACUACCAAAUUAAUUCCAAAUAGUAAGGUUAAGACCUAUCUGUUAAGUGUUAUAGUAUUUUACUAAUCUAUUUAUCGUUCGAUACCAUGCAAUACCAUAGUGUAAUUAUUAUGUUUUGAACCAUUUUAUAUGCAAUAGGUACAUAAUAAACCGGCAUAUAUAUUCGAAAUUUAUCGUCGAUCUGUUGAAUUAUUAUAUAAUAUUAUGUUAUUGAUCACGUGUAAAAUUGUUAUGCAUAAUGGAUUGGAACAGAUUCGACGACGGACGACGGUGUUAAUAUAUACAUUUUCUGGGCAUCAAUCAAAUGGAAACUGUUAAAUUGGUUACGUCAUUAACUGUGAGGUAGAGAAACCCCAAUUUCAUACCGCCUGCAAAGGGAACGUGAAACUAUUUCAAACAUUAAUUACGUUCAGAUAAUCAGGUUAGUGUCAUUUCUAUUCAAAUAUUUCUCUCGGAGGAAAAAAACUCAACAUCUAAUGUCUCAAGGCUUUUGAAAUUCUGAUAAACGGCAUACGAAAAACUGUAACGUUUGUUCGUGAAUAAAAUCUCGUCGUAUUGUAAUAUUAUACUUAAAUCUCGUAUCGUAUACAAAUAAAAUGUAUUGUUAUUACUUAUUUCUAAUUUUUUUUUUAAUAACGAAUGAAAACACGGAGUAACGAUAAAUUUAUUUCAUGAAUUAAGACAUGAUCUAAUAUAUAUAUAUAUUGUAUUAUGUAAAACUGUACAAGUUUACUAUAUACAGUUAAGUAAAUGACUCUUUUACCUUUUAAAAUACGAAAUAACAAUGAUAGUAGGUAGAAUCAAAUAAUAUAAUAUGUAGAUUGUUAUGAAUUAAUAAGAGAGCCUCACAUUUUAAUAAAUAAAUAAAUAAUAUGAUUACAUUUUUACAAAUCAUUAUUCAUUUUACUUAAAAAUAUAAUAUCUCAUAUUAUAUUGUGCUUUUCCAAAAGGUGGAGUAUAAUAUUUUUGCCAUAGAUAAAUAAUUUCAUUAUUUGUACUUAUUAAUAUAAAAAUUAAAUAUUUGAAUUAAUAUAUUACGUAAAAUAAAAUUAGAUGCCUACCAAGAAAUGUAAACGAUUUUCUUGUCGAAUUGAUCCACGUUAUCUUCCAAAAAUAUUUAAAUAUCAACAAUUUAAUAUUUAAAAAUCAAUAAUAAAUGUUUAGUACAAAUUAUAUUUACAUUUAAAUUAUUAAAUGUUAUAAUAUAUAAUUUCUUUUUUUAAUAUUAGAGUGAAAAUAUUGAUAUUUAGUAUAUUUAUAAUAUAGUCAUGCAUAUCAUACCUAUCUAUAUAAUUAAAUGAAAGGAUAAAAUGUUCAUAAUCUGCUCACAACAUUUUUACAUCUAUAGAAAUCAUACUAUUUGAUUUGAGAUUAUUAUUAUUUACCAUACCUGUACAACUAAUUUUUUUCAAGCUAUUACAUCUACAUUAAUUUACGAACUUAAAUGUAAUACCUUAGAUUUAUAUAAAAAAAAAAUGUUCAUAAAUAUAUCAAUUUAUCGGCUAUUAUUAUAAUCAUAACCCUAAAUUAACCGAAUUAAAAAAUGCGGUCGCAAUUAAACAUUAAAUAUCGUUAAAAUAUUUUAUUAUUAUUAAUCAUAUUAUCAGAUUGUGGACAGAUCAUACAUUUUAUAAUUUACAAGUUUAUUAUUAAAUUAUAUUGCAAAAUGUUGACUGUUGAUAUUUAGCACGACUGUACAUACUAAAGCAAUAAUCGAUAGUCCUAUGAUAUUUUCUAAAAUUCGUAUUUUCAUCAUAACAAAGGUUUCGUGUACAAUGUACAUGAUAAUAAAUUGGCAUAUGACCUAUUCCGACAAAGUACAAACAAUGAAUUUGAAAUAUGAUCGAUAACAUAUUUUAAUGAUGAUGUCUUGUAAUUAUUAACACACAGAAUGGAUAAUAAAUUUAGAGGCAUCAGCAACUCUAUAUUAAUUAUACGAUAUUAACUAUAACCAUUCAAAACCACACAAAAGUCCAACUAAACAGUUAUUAACUCAAAUGAAUAUCUUUAGUCGUCCCACGCGCGGUCCCAAGAUUUAAUGAUAAUGAAUAAAUAAACAUUUCGGCAGUGGAAUGUUUUUUUGUUCUCAGUACAUUUGCAUAAUAUUAUCAUAAUACACAGACAAAAGUACCUAAAACAACUAAUUUAUAAUAUUUUAAAUAUACUAUGUUUUCUUUAUAUCUAUUCUGUAUUUGACUUCUUCACUUUUAGCCCAUUUAAUUACAUUAUACGUCGUAAAUUAUCUAUUAGUUCUAUAGUUCUAUAAAUAAUUAUUAAUUUAGAAUUGAAAUCGACUAACACAAUAUUGAUUUCCUUGUUUUGUCUAGAUACUCAUCCAAAUAUGGUUUUUUUAUGUACCUGCAAUUUAUACAAUUGUUAUUUUAUGUUUUAAUUAAUAUUAUUUCGUGUUUGACUUUUAUAUAUAUAUAUAUAUAUAUAUCUUUUGAUAUUUGGGACUUACUUACUAGUUACUCCCAUCAUGUAUGUAUUUUACAUUUACUACUCUCUAUUUUGUUUUAAAUAUUUAUUACUCUAUUAUUCUUUAAUGUAUAGAAAUAUAAAUGAUCUUUAUAUAUAAUUUAGUUAAUAGUUAAAAUAUAUACUUAUUAGUUAUUACUUAUGUAGAUAAUAAACUAUCAUUAAUACUUAUAUAUAUAUCAACAUAAACAUAUAAAACAAUAUAUUAUGUUAACAAUUUGUAAAGUACUGGAGUAAUAUUCUAUUAUGUAUUAAGCAGGAUUAUGUUAAUUUAGAUUAAAUUUAAAAUGAGAAAAAAAAUUAUAGGUUGGUUUAUAUCAUGGAAAAUAAUUCUUAAAAGGUAUUUAUUCUAAUACUCAUUUUAAGAAAGAAAAAAAUGAGUAAAUUAGAUAAUUAUGAUCAUUAAUAAACUAUCACAUUGUUGUUUCAAGAGCGCUGAUAAAAAAAGAGAAAAAUAUAAAAUAUAAAAAUUAGAACCGAAAAUAUUUCAUUUGUUAAUAAUAAUAUGUGGAUAGUAUUAUUAUAGUAUUAUAUUCAUUCAUACGACUAAUUAAUAUAUAUUUGUUAGGAACUUGAUGAAACAUUUAAUUGUAUUCUAUUUAUUUGUGUUUUAAUAUUAAAUAUUUACAUUACAAUUUACAAUAAAUGAACACAACUAUAAAAUAACUAAUGAUUAAUGAGGUAUCCCUAAAUUUCUACACGGCAUAUAGUUAUAGAUAAAAUAUUAAAUAGUUUCAAAUAGAUUAUAGGUAUAGUAUUCCAAACAGUAAUAAAAUUAUAUUAGAGAUACAUCAAAUAAAUUGGUUCAAAAACCAACGCUCAAUAAGAGAUCUAGCAAUGAUUAUUAAUUAUUAUACUUAAAUUAAUAUUAAGUUACGAUGAUUUUGGAGUAAAUUGUGUCUAUAUGCUAUUACCAUAUUGAGCAUGAGUAUCAUUUUUUUGUUUUUCUUUUCUAAGAAAUAUUGUUUGUAUACGUAACAAAGACAAUAAGUAUGUACCAACAUAUUGAUAUCAAACCCUAGUUAUUCCUCUAUAAAGUAAAUAUCUAUGACUUAAUUUAAAAUUUUAACCCUUUAUAUUCAGUUUAUUAAUUAUGAGUUUUAAGUACAUAUCAAACAUAAUGUAUACCUAAAUAUAAAGAAUAAUAUACUUGUAGGUACCAUAUUUUAUAUUUUUGUUGUAUUUUUAGAUAUCUUCAUUUUUCAUAACAUAAAUACAUAUAAAUAACGAGUGUUCGUAGGUGUAUCGUGUAUGUAUAAUAUGUUAUAAAAAUUAUGUAUAUUAAUCAUAAUAUAGUAAGAACAUAAAUGUUUUGUUGUGUUGAACAAAAAAGAUCUGAUAUUAUAGUUGUAAUUUAUAUAUGAACGAAAAAUAUAUAUUAUAUUAUAAUAUAAGUACUUGUAUAUUUUUAAUCGAUUUUUUUUUUUUUUUUAAUAAAUUAUAUCAAGUCGUAAUUUUAUAAUAUAUUAUACCGUUAUGUUCAUGGUUUAAAAUAAAUGUUAAUUCAUAUUAUUGUAAUAA